CCUGCUGUUGAAACAGCAGAGGAAGCUAAGGAACCAGCAGAGGCAGAUAUCAAUGAACUCUGUAAAGACAUGUUCAGCAAAAUGGCCACUUAUUUAACAGGUGAACUGACAGCUACCAGUGAAGACUACAAACUCUUGGAAAACAUGAAUAAGCUGACUAGUUUGAAGUACCUAGAAAUGAAAGAUAUUGCUAUAAACAUCAGCAGAAAUCUGAAGGAUUUAAAUCAAAAAUAUGCCGCUCUUCAGCCAUAUCUGGAACAAAUCAACCUAAUUGAGGAACAGGUUGCAGUUCUGGAGCAGGCAGCUUAUAAAUUGGAUGCCUAUUCCAAAAAACUUGAAGCCAAGUACAAAAAACUGGAGAAACGGUGAAAUUACAACAGUCUUUAAGUUGGAGUUGGGCUAUGAGUCAGACUGAUUUCUGUUUAAGUUGCACAAAAGCAAUUCUGUAUGUUGGCAA